CCUCUCUGUUUUGGAAGUGUAACAGCAACGUAAAUACAUCGAUUCCACUUCUCAUUUGGUAUUCUAGGACUUUUUUGCCCAAGCGCACGGGCAUGAAGCUUCCUUCCGCGAGCGCAAUUAUCAGGCUUUUCACACCGGGGAUGUUUGUAACUCUCGGCUUUGCACGUGUCACCGAGCGGACGUUGUUUUUAUCGACGUACAGUGAUGAUUUCUCGUGCUCCAACAUCGUUUACGCAAGAAUCGACAACGACGUUUGCACAGAUACUUCCGUGUGCGCCAUUCUCAACGACACGGAUGGCUCCUUCCACGACUCUGAGAUGACUGCCUGCAUUCUUGACCGAGACGAAUUCUUGAAAUCAGCGUUCAAGGGUUCCCCGUACUUCACAGUGGAGCUGUACCCAACGGAUUGUCUUGGUAAAUCAUACAACACGAGGUCUUUUGUCGCCGAUGGAAAUUGCCAUCCGUAUGCGCAUAGUCACUUCAAGGUCAUACAGGUGAAUAACACUAUAUCCAUAAUGAGUGCUGAGGCUGGUUGCGAUGCUACCGACUGGCACAAGGAAUGGUCCGUAGAUUCUACUACGCAAUUAAACACGGAAGCCUGUGUGACGGAUGGCACUACCGCCUGGAAAGCCUAUUUCGUCAAAGGCACAACUGUCGCGGAUGAUUCAAGUUCAAACCCUUCAGCAACAGUAGUAGCCCCGGUGAGCAUCACUCCUUCACCAACAGUAGCGACUACAGCCCCAUCGGCGAAUUCAUCGACCACAUAUUCAUCAUUAGCAACACCGGCGUCUGCGUCUUCAGCUACAGCCUUGCUAUUCGGAAUGGCACUGUCGGCGGCGAUAAUGGUGUUUUAG